AUGGCCGACCAACAGCAGUUCUUUUUGAAAUGGAACGAUUUCCAAAGCAACAUGGUCUCCUCCUUCAGGCAUCUACGGGACGAGAAAAGCUUCACGGACGUAACCCUGGCCUGCGAGGGGCAAACGUGCAAGGCCCACAAAAUGGUGCUCUCCGCUUGUAGUCCAUAUUUCAAGAGCUUAUUAGAGGAGAACCCCUCGAAGCACCCGAUAAUCAUCCUAAAAGACGUACAGUACAGCCACUUGCAGGCCAUUUUAGAAUUCAUGUACGCGGGCGAAGUGAACGUGAGCCAAGAACAGUUACCUGCCUUUUUGAAAACCGCCGAUCGAUUGAAAGUCAAAGGUCUGGCAGAGGCGCCGCAGGCUAUCAGUAGGGAAUGA